CAGAACAUGCAAGCGCUGUCGUUCGUACGCGCGCCUGUGCCAUCACCUGCAGUCUUGAAGUUUCUGAGCAUCCAAGCCGAAUGUUUGUCAUUCCUUGCAUCGCAGUCGCAAGUGCGCCGAAACCACCACCAUGCUACGCCCGACACUGCUCGAACACGCUCCUUGACAAGUUCGCAACGUAGACCUUCCCUGAGAAUCGCGGAAAAACAGUCACUACAACCCUCGUGUCGUGGAUUUUGGAACAGUGCGUCAAAGUCAAGAUGGCAAAGGCCAUGGCAACAAGCUCGGCCAAAGAAGACGGCUCCUCUACAGCCAAACGACCUUCCACCCCUGCCUAGAUUACUUGACGAUGCGGGAGCUACCAGUUUGGGGCGUAUCGUCAAACCGACGAACGAGCUUAGGAUGCGGUGUACCGAGUUUGACGGCGAUGGCAAAGUCACCCUGGUCAACGGCGCAUUCAAGAAGAGCGAGCUCAUAGCCAAGGUAUUACUUUACAACUACAAUGAUUCAGAGCUCUAUCUGACUAUUGGGCGCGAUAGNUGUGGCCUCCUUCCUCGCGACCUCCGAAAAAUCGAUUCCGCUUCGUUGCCGCAUAUUCUCGUACGCCCUUCGGCCAUCCUCAUCAAAAUCUUACACAUAAGCUGCCUCAUCAACCACAAUCGCGUUCUAGUGUUUGAUGCAUACGGGACCACAGACUCGCAUACACAGUCAAUCUUCAUGUACGACCUGGAAGGCAAGCUCCAACUACGAGAAGGCCGAUCUGCCAACACUCUACCAUACGAGUUUCGUGCGCUGGAAGCCGUCCUGAUAAGUGUAACUUCUGCGCUCGAGGGAGAGUUUGAAGGCGUGCGCGAACCCGUUGUACAAGUUUUGAGAGAGCUCGAAGAAGACAUCGAUCGUAACAAGCUGCGUCACUUGUUGAUCUACUCGAAGAAACUGGGUACAUUCGAGCAGAAAGCGCGCUUAGUUCGUGAUGCCAUCGAUGAUCUUCUCGAGGCAGACGAUGAUCUGUCAGACAUGUACUUGACCGAAAAGGCGAAUGGUGUGAUGCGUGAAGAGGACGACCAUACCGAGGUCGAAAUGUUGCUCGAAUCCUACCACAAGGUGUGCGACGAGAUCGUGCAGGCGAGCAGUAACUUGUCCUGGCUGACAAUUGCAACAGCNGUCAAGGCCAUUCUGGACGCCAACCGCAACUCACUGAUGCUCUUGGAUCUGCAAUUCACAAUUCUGGCGCUUGGUAUUGGUGUGGGUACCUUCUUCGCCGGUCUUUAUGGCAUGAACUUGAAGAACUUCAUCGAGGAAACAGACUUCGGAUUCCCACUGGUCAGCAUCUCUUGCGGCGCCUUCUGUAUGAUUGCCAUUGUCUGGGGCCUGAGGAAGCUUCGAAAGGUGCAGCGACUCAGCAUGUGGGGCGAGAGCGGCAGUCUCUCACCAGAGAAGCCCAGUCGUCGUGGCCGGGGCAGCUGGAGGGAAAUUGAUCCUCAAAGCCAGCUGUCUGGCGAAAACAGAGUCGACCGGACUGUUCGUUGGAAACAAGACCAGCGAAUGAACAAGAUGCAGGAAGGCUCCACAGAGCCACUCUAG